GCGUAGGGCGCCAAGGACAGAGGCUGGCCGCGGAGAGGAGCUGCCUCCGUCCGCGCUCCCAGCUCUGUGCCCCGAGUGAUGGGACCCCGGGCUGCCGCUACUGCUGCUCCUCCUCCCGCACCGCCGCUUCUCUCUGCCUUGCGCUCGCCCAGCGGCGCUGCAAGCCAGCCCUCGCCUAGAGCCGCCGGCCCGUCUCCGCUGCCCUCCGCCUGAGUUCUGCGCGGGCGGCGGCAGCACUUUCUCCACUUCGCUGGAAGGGCCGGGUGUGCGCGCGUGGGAGAGUCGCGGAGCCGAGCGGGCAGCUUUUGUUUCUGGGUCGCCGUCGGGUGGUCCCGCGACUCCCGCGCCGAGGCCGGAGAGUGCUCUGUGGGAUCACCCGGGGCAAGAGGAAAGCCAAGCGUGAACCCUCCCCGGUCCUGACAAUAGAGGCGAAGAGCGAAGGCGACCCUCUCCUUCCCACCCUUGGAGGAUUUGGGAAACGUCGCAGAUCAUUAAGCUGCUUGUGGAUUUACAAAUUGGGAAGCGUUGGAGGCUUUGGGAGGAAAGCCCUCCCCCUCCCCGGCUCCACUAGCCCUCCCUUUUGGCAUGAGACGAUCGGAAGGCUCCACCUGGAGACAAUGAUCGCGGAGUUUGCUCACUUCUGCCUCUUUGGAUUAAUAUGCUUCUCCUCAGGUUCACGUCUUCGCCAAGAGGAUUUCCCACCACGAAUUGUUGAGCAUCCUUCAGAUCUAAUUGUGUCUAAAGGUGAACCAGCAACAUUAAAUUGUAAGGCUGAGGGCAGGCCAACACCAACUAUUGAAUGGUAUAAAGGAGGAGAAAGGGUUGAAACUGACAAAGAUGAUCCUCGCUCUCAUCGGAUGUUGCUGCCAAGUGGAUCUUUAUUUUUCUUACGCAUAGUUCAUGGUCGCAAGAGUAGGCCUGAUGAAGGAGUUUAUGUCUGUGUAGCAAGGAAUUACCUUGGUGAAGCUGUGAGCCACAACGCAUCACUGGAAGUAGCAAUACUCCGUGAUGACUUCAGACAAAACCCAGCAGAUGUCAUGGUAGCGGUGAGUGAGCCAGCUGUGAUGGAAUGCCAACCUCCAAGAGGCCAUCCUGAGCCUACGAUAUCAUGGAAAAAAGAUGGAUCUCCACUGGAUGACAAAGAUGAAAGAAUUACUAUCAGAGGAGGAAAACUAAUGAUCACCUAUACUAGGAAGAAUGAUGCUGGCAAAUAUGUGUGUGUUGGAACAAACAUGGUGGGAGAAAGGGAAAGUGAAGUGGCAGAACUUACAGUUUUAGAAAGACCUUCAUUUGUGAAGAGGCCAAGUAAUUUGGCAGUAAUUGUGGAUGACAGUGCAGAGUUUAAGUGUGAAGCACGUGGCGAUCCAGUUCCUACAGUAAGAUGGAGGAAGGAUGAUGGAGAACUACCUAAAGCAAGGUAUGAAAUCCGUGAUGACCACACCUUGAAAAUCCGAAAAGUUAUGGCAGGAGACAUGGGAUCUUAUACUUGUGUUGCAGAAAAUAUGGUUGGAAAAGCAGAAGCAUCAGCAACUCUAACAGUUCAAGAGCCACCACAUUUUGUUGUGAAACCUCGUGACCAGGUGGCUGCAUUAGGCAGAACAGUGACUUUCCAGUGUGAAGCAACAGGGAACCCUCAACCGGCAAUAUUUUGGCGAAGAGAAGGAAGUCAGAACCUGCUAUUUUCGUACCAGCCUCCUCAAUCUUCUAGCCGGUUUUCUGUAUCACAAACUGGUGAUCUCACUAUUACAAGUGUACAGCGGUCUGAUGUUGGAUAUUAUAUCUGCCAGACUUUAAAUGUAGCAGGAAGCAUCACAACAAAAGCCUACUUGGAGGUUACUGAUGUAAUUGCAGACCGACCUCCCCCUGUUAUUCGACAGGGUCCUGUGAAUCAGACUGUAGCUGUGGAUGGUACUUUAGUACUAAGCUGUGUGGCUGCAGGCACUUUAAUGCCUACCAUUCUCUGGAGAAAGGAUGGCACCCUCAUCUCUACACAGGACUCCCGGAUCAAGCAGCUGGAGACUGGCACACUACAGAUACGAUAUGCUAAGCUUGGUGACACUGGCCGGUAUACAUGCAUUGCCUCAACCCCAAGCGGUGAAGCAUCAUGGAGUGCUUACAUUGAGGUUCAAGAAUUUGGUGUGCCUGUGCAACCACCGAGACCUACUGACCCUAACUUGAUUCCCAGUGCACCAUCAAAACCCGAGGUUACUGAUGUCAGCAGAAAUACAGUAACAUUGUCAUGGCAGCCUAAUUUGAAUUCAGGUGCAACUCCAACCUCUUAUAUAAUAGAGGCCUUCAGCCAUGCAGCUGGCAGCAGCUGGCAAACUGUAGCAGAAAAUGUAAAAACAGAAACAUUUGCAGUUAAAGGGCUGAAACCAAAUGCAGUUUAUCUCUUUCUUGUACGGGCAGCCAAUGCAUAUGGAAUUAGUGAUCCCAGUCAGAUAUCUGACCCAGUGAAAACUCAAGAUGUUCCCCCUACAAGUCAGGGUGUAGAUCACAAGCAAGUACAGAGAGAACUGGGUGACGUUGUUCUACAUCUCCAUAAUCCCACCAUUCUUUCUUCUUCCUCAAUUGAAGUUCAUUGGACAGUUGACCAACAGUCCCAGUAUAUACAGGGGUAUAAAAUUCUCUAUAGGCCAACAACUGCUUCUCAUGGAGAAUCUGACUGGUUGAUUUUUGAUGUGAGGACUCCAACGAAAAACAGUGUUGUCAUUCCCGAACUGAAAAAAGGUGUAAACUAUGAAAUCAAGGCUCGACCUUUUUUUAAUGAGUUUCAAGGAGCUGAUAGUGAAGUGAAGUUUGCCAAAACCCUGGAAGAAGCUCCAAGUGCUCCUCCUCAAAGUGUUUCAGUAAGCAAGAAUGAUGGAAAUGGCACUGCAAUUGUUGUAACUUGGCAGCCUCCCCCAGAAGAUACGCAAAAUGGAAUGGUCCAGGAAUACAAGGUCUGGUGUCUCGGCAAUGAAAGUCGGUACCACAUAAAUAAGACAGUGGAUGGUUCAACUUUUUCUGUAGUAAUUCCAUCUCUAGUUCCUGGUAUUCGAUACACUGUGGAAGUGGCAGCUAGUACUGGAGCUGGAGCUGGGGUGAAGAGUGAACCACAAUUUAUUCAGUUAGAUUCUUAUGGGAACCCUGUGUCACCAGAAGAUCAAGUCAGUUUAGCCCAGCAGAUUUCAGAUGUUGUAAAACAGCCAGCAUUCAUUGCUGGAAUUGGUGCUGCCUGCUGGAUUAUCCUAAUGGUUUUCAGCAUUUGGUUGUACCGCCACCGGAAGAAGCGAAGUGGACUUGCUAGUACUUAUGCUGGUAUUAGAAAAGUCCCGUCUUUUACCUUCACACCAACAGUAACAUAUCAAAGAGGGGGAGAAGCCGUUAACAGUGGAGGAAGGCCAGGUCUUUUAAACAUCAAUGAACCUGCCUCUCAGCCAUGGCUUGCAGACACGUGGCCUAACACUGGGAACAAUCACAAUGACUGCUCCAUCAGCUGCUGUACAUCAGGCAAUGGAAACAGUGAUAGCAAUCUUACUACGUAUAGUCGGCCAGCUGAUUGUAUAGCAAAUUACAACAAUCAGCUUGAGAACAAGCAAACAAAUCUAAUGCUGCCUGAGUCAACAGUUUAUGGAGAUGUGGAUCUAAGCAACAAAAUCAAUGAGAUGAAAACUUUCAAUAGCCCAAAUCUAAAAGAUGGAAGAUUUGUCAGCCAACCUGGGCAGCCAACACCUUAUGCAACCACUCAACUCAUCCAGUCAAACAUCAGCAAUGUUAACAGCAAUGUCAACAGUGGCAGUGGGGAUUUGCAUGAAAAGCAUUGGAAGCCAUCUGGACAACAGAAGCAAGAAGUUGCACCAGUUCAAUACAACAUUAUGGAGCAAAACAAAUUAAAUAAAGAUUAUCGAGUAAAUGAUAAUGCUCCAACUAUCCCAUAUAACCAAUCAUAUGACCAGAAUACAGGAGGAUCCUACAACAGUUCAGAUAGAGGAAGCAGUACAUCUGGGAGUCAAGGGCACAAGAAGGGUGCUCGAACCCCCAAGGCUUCAAAGCAGGCUGGCAUGAAUUGGGCAGACCUACUUCCUCCUCCCCCUGUACAUCCUCCUCCCCAUAGUAAUAGUGAAGAUUAUAGUAUUUCAGUGAAUGAAAGCUAUGACCAGGAAAUCCCAUGCCCAGUACCACCAGCAAGAAUGUAUCUACAGGAGGAUGAGUUGGAGGAGGAGGAGGAAGAUGAACGAGGUCCCACACCACCACUUCGAGGAGCAGCUUCCUCUCCAGCAGCAGUGUCCUACAGCCAUCAAUCUACUGCCACACUAACUCCCUCCCCACAAGAAGAACUCCAGCCUAUGUUGCAGGAUUGCCCAGAAGAAAUAAGCCACUUGCAACACCCACCAGAUCGGAGGCGUCAACCUGUGAGUCCUCCUCCUCCUCCCAGGCCUAUCUCUCCACCACAUACCUACGGUUAUAUUUCAGGACCUCUUGUAUCAGACAUGGAUACAGAUGCACCAGAGGAGGAAGAGGAUGAAGCAGACCUAGAAGUUGCCAAGAUGCAAAAUAGAAGACUUCUUUUUCGUGGCCUUGAGCAGACACCUGCCUCAAGUGUAGGAGAUCUGGAGAGCUCUGUGACGGGUUCUAUGAUUAACGGCUGGGGAUCAGCCUCGGAAGAUGAUAACAUAUCUAGUGGACGGUCUAGUGUUAGCUCAUCUGAUGGAUCUUUUUUUACAGAUGCAGAUUUUGCACAGGCUGUUGCAGCAGCAGCAGAAUAUGCUGGUCUUAAAGUAGCAAGGCGUCAAAUGCAGGAUGCUGUAGGAGGCCGUAGACAUUAUCAUGCCUCACACUGCCCUAGACCCACGAGCCCUGUAUCUACUGACAGCAAUAUGAGUGCUGCUGUGAUACAGAAGGUUCGACCUGCCAAAAAGCAAAAGCACCAGCAAGGACAUCUGCGCAGAGAAGUCUACACAGAUGACCUACCACCCCCUCCUGUACCACCUCCUGCUAUAAAAUCUCCCACAGCCCAGUCCAAAUCUCAAAUGGAGGUUCGGCCUGUCAUGUUGCCAAAGCUCUCUUCUAUAGAACCAAGAACAGAGAGGGCAGUGGAAAAAAAAGCAACAAGCUAUAAGGGGAAAGAAGGUGCUGAUGGUCGCCAGCAUUCUGAUGUACGGACAAGUUCAGGGGAGCGCCGAGAAUUGCAGGAACCACAAGGUGAUUGCAGACUGCGAGGAAACAAAGCAGCAAGGCGAGAUGGCACACCAGCAAAAACGCAUCUUCUUCAAGAGGAUAUUCUACCAUAUUGUAGACCUACGUUUCCAACAUCAAACAACAACAGAGAUCCCAGUUCCUCAAGCUCCAUGUCAUCAAGAGGAUCAGGAGGUAGACAAAGGGUAGAACAAGCAAAUCUAGGUCGAAGGAAUGUUGCAGAAAUGCAAGUAUUUAGAACAUAUGAGAGAGGAGAAGAUGACAAAGAAGAAGAAUUACAGGAAACAGAAAGCUGAAGAAGAGAUGUACUGUUAUGCAUUCUUAAAUUUAAUCAAAAAGAUAUCACUUAAGAUGCCUGAAGUCUGAUAUUUGAUGCCAGAAAUAAUAUUCAGUGCAAUCAGAGUGUACAAUUUCUCAUCUUUUUCAUGCCAUCAGAAUGCUAAUCUUUAUUUUAACAUUUCCUUUAAAAACCUCAUCAUAAUGAAUAUUGCCUGUUUAUUCCCUUAGGCUAAAUAUACCAUAUUUUCUCUGACCGGGAGAGCAAUUAAUCUGCUUUUUGUGGUGCUAAACUAGUUGCUACUUCCAGAUUUGGGCAGAAGGAGGAGCUCUGGUUUGUUCUCACUAAGGCACUACAGAAUGGUGUAUGCCACCAUUUAUAGAAUACCAUUGAUUAGACAAUAGCAUGUUGCAAAGAAUGAUGGUUUUCUAACCUUACAUUGGUGUUACAGGCUGCAUUUGUUUCACAGCGUUGCAUUUUCUUCCAGCAGUCAGAGCCCUCUGCAGCAAAAAUUACAGUUUCAUAUGAAUUAAGUUACAGUGAUUCAUACUGUAAACACACAUUAAUUUUUCAAACCCUCAUAGAACUUUAAUGUGUAUACACAUUAUCUCUUUAAUCAUGAAGGUACAUUCUUCACUGGAAAAGUCCUUUAGGGAUAGGAAGAAGGCAUGCCAAUGAGAAUUGGCAGUUAUAGAUUGAGUUAUGCUUAUCAAUUACUUGAACAGUUUUUGGUCUCGACCAGUGCUUCUAGAAACACAAACUUACAAAGCAAUGGACUUUAUUAAGCAUCAUUGAGAAAGGACAUCUUUAUCAUAACUGGCCCAAAUCUCAGACCUCUACUUUAUAGUGUCAAUUCACCUUAAAGAAGUGCCACUUAAAGAAGUUAUGUUUGAUCUCGGGGGUUCGGGGGGGGGGUGUUUUUUUGUAAUGCACUGUUUAUCUUUUUUUGUUUUUUUGGUUUUAAAAGCACAAUCACUAAACUUUAUUUGUAAAACAUUGUAACUAUUAACCGUUUUUGUCUUAUUGUAAAAUGUUAAGCUUUUGUUUGUUUUUUCAUAUUUUUGUUAAUGCUCUGUGUUUGUAUUGGGAGUAUUUGAAUGCUGACAGAUGGUAAAGGUAGCAAACCUAAGAAUGGGCCAUAAACAGAAUACUUUCCCCAUUUCCUGGACUUUAAAUACUCAAGUUUCCUAUAGCUUAUCUUGACAUUGGAUUUCCACAAAAACGAAAACAGAGCCAUUAGUUCCUAUGAAAUUACAGAAUGAUGUCCUCCGUCUGUAGAUUUUUAUGAUCUCUUUUGUAAUUAUAAAAUUUCUUUCUCAUCGGUGCUAAUGGAAAAUUGUGUGUUUGUUUAUGGACAAUUAUCAGGCCUAGCCUCAGCGGGGAGGGGGGUAAGAAAGGAGUGUUUUGGUAUUUACUGAGGGCUAAACAUUUUCAUUAAGGUAAUUUUUAAGAAAUGGUUACAAUAGAAAGAGUGUGCAGUACUGAGGGAACAAUCCAUGUGAUUAAUGUUUUCAUUAUGUUCAUGUAAGAAACCUCAUAUUUUAGCCAUAAUUUUGCAUACUGAGGAUUCAAUAAUCAUAAAAGUAAUUUUUGUCACAUUAUUUAUUAAAAACG